ACUGGGAGCCUCGAUGCAAUUCAGAAGAUGACACGCGUACGUGUGGUGGACAACAGUGCCCUGGGGAACACCCCAUACCAUCGCCCUCCUCGUUGCAUCCACGUCUAUAACAAGAGUGGGGUGGGCAAGGUGGGUGACCGGAUACUGCUGGCCAUCAAGGGACAGAAGAAAAAGGCACUCAUUGUGGGGCAUCGCAUGCCUGGUCCCCGGAUGACCCCCAGGUUUGACUCUAACAAUGUGGUCCUCAUUGAGGACAAUGGGAACCCUGUGGGGACCCGAAUUAAGACACCCAUCCCCACCAGCCUGCGCCAGAGGGAAGGUGAAUUUUCCAAAGUGCUGGCCAUUGCUCAGAACUUUGUGUGAGCAGUGGCCAGGCCACUGGCUGCACUGGGACUCAUGGGAGGGGACUCGGGGCCUCAUGCCAGGGAACAGUGUCCUGUGACAAAA